AUUCAGUGGUCGGGAGCUGCCCGCGAGGGGGAGCGGCCAGGCGGAGAGCGCGACUCGUCCCGGGGGUGGGGCCGGGCGAGGCGGCGAGAGGAGACCGAGGUGGCCGCGGCGGCAGCCUCGAACCCAGCCCGCAGCGCAGGGCGGCCGCGCAGCUUCCCGCUCCCCUCCCGCUGCGCCGGCCUAUGGCGGCCGCGGGGCGACUGUGGCUGCUCUACCUGUCGGCGGGGCUCCUGCCGCGGCUCGGCGCCGCCUUCAACUUGGACACCCGCGAGGACAAUGUGAUCGAGAAAACCGGGGACUCCGGGAGCCUCUUCGGCUUCUCGCUGGCCAUGCACUGGCAGCUGCAGCCCGAGGACAAGCGGCUGUUGCUCGUGGGGGCCCCACGGGCAGUGGCCCUUCCGCUGCAGAAGGCCAAAAGAACAGGAGGCUUGUACAGCUGCGACAUCACCUCCCGGGGGCCGUGCCCACGGAUUGAAUUUGAUAACGACGCUGACCCUUCAUCGGAAAGCAAGGAAGAUCAGUGGAUGGGGGUCACCGUCCAGAGCCAAGGUCCAGGGGGCAAAGUUGUGACAUGUGCUCAUCGAUAUGAAAAAAGGCAGCAUGUUAAUACAAAACAGGAAUCCCGAGACAUUUUUGGAAGGUGUUACGUCCUAAGUCAGAAUCUCAGGAUUGAAGAUGAUAUGGAUGGAGGAGACUGGAGUUUUUGUGAUGGCCGAUUAAGAGGUCAUGAAAAAUUUGGUUCUUGCCAACAAGGUGUAGCAGCUACUUUUACUAAAGACUUUCAUUACAUUGCGUUUGGAGCCCCAGGCACUUACAACUGGAAAGGGAUUGUUCGCGUAGAGCAAAAGAAUAACACUUUUUUUGACAUGAACAUCUUUGAAGAUGGGCCUUAUGAAGUUGGUGGAGAGACUGACCAUGAUGAAAGUCUAGUUCCUGUUCCUGCUAACAGUUAUUUAGGGUUUUCUUUGGACUCAGGGAAGGGUAUUGUUUCCAAAGAUGAGAUCACUUUUGUAUCUGGUGCUCCUAGAGCCAAUCACAGUGGAGCUGUGGUUUUGCUUAAAAGAGACCUGAAGUCUGCGCACCUUCUCCCUGAGCACAUAUUUGACGGGGAAGGGCUGGCUUCUUCAUUUGGCUAUGACGUGGCAGUGGUGGACCUUAACAAAGAUGGGUGGCAAGAUAUAGUUAUUGGAGCCCCACAGUAUUUUGAUAGAAGUGGAGAAGUUGGAGGUGCAGCAUAUGUCUACAUUAACCAGCAAGGCAGAUGGAAUAAUGUCAAGCCAAUUCGUCUUAAUGGAACCAAAGAUUCUAUGUUUGGCAUUGCGGUCAAAAAUAUCGGUGAUAUUAAUCAAGAUGGCUACCCAGAUAUUGCAGUCGGAGCACCCUACGAUGGUAAGGGGAAGGUUUUUAUCUAUCACGGAUCUGCGAACGGAAUAAAUACCAAACCAACACAGAUUCUCGAGGGUAAAUCACCGUUUUUUGGAUAUUCAAUUGCCGGAAACAUGGACCUUGAUAGAAAUUCCUACCCCGAUGUUGCUGUUGGUUCCCUCUCAGAUUCAGUAACUAUUUUCAGAUCCCGGCCUGUGAUUAAUAUUCAGCAAACCAUCACAGUUACACCUAACAGAAUUGAUCUCCAUCAGAAAAUGCCCUGCGGGGCGCCUAGCGGGAUAUGCCUGAAGGUCAAGGCCUGUUUUGAAUAUACUGCCAAACCCACUGGUUACAACCCUUCAAUAACCAUUGCGGGCACACUGGAGGCUGAGAAGGAAAGAAGAAAAUCUGGGCUGUCAUCAAGAGUUCAGUUUCGAAACCAAGGUUCUGAGCCCAAGUAUACGCAGGCGCUCACUCUGAGCCGGCAGAAGCAGAAGGUGUGCAUGGAGGAAACCCUGUGGCUCCAGGAAAAUAUCAGAGAUAAACUGCGUCCCAUCCCCAUAACAGCUUCAGUAGAGAUCCAAGAGCCGAGCACUCGGAGGCGAGUGAAUUCGCUUCCAGAAGUUCUUCCAAUUCUGAAUUCAAACGAACCCAAGUCUGUUCAUACAGAUGUACACUUCUUAAAAGAGGGAUGUGGAGACGACAAUGUAUGUAACAGCAACCUUAAGCUAGAAUAUAAAUUUUGUACCCGAGAAGGAAAUCAAGACAAAUUUUCUUAUUUACCAAUUCAAAAAGGUGUACCAGAACUAGUUCUAAAAGAUCAGAAGGACAUUGCUUUAGAAAUAACAGUGACAAACAGCCCUUCCAACCCAAAGAAUCCCACCAAAGAUGGUGAUGACGCUCAUGAAGCUAAACUCGUUGCCACUUUUCCAGACACUUUGACUUAUUCUGCAUAUAGAGAACUGAGGGCUUUCCCUGAGAAACAGUUGAGUUGUGUUGCAAACCAGAACGGCUCACAAGCAGACUGCGAGCUUGGGAAUCCUUUUAAAAGAAAUUCCAGUGUUACUUUUUAUUUAAUUUUAAGUACAACUGAGAUCACCUUUGACACCACAGAUCUGGAUAUUAAUCUGAAGUUGGAAACAACAAGCAAUCAGGAUAAUUUGGCUUCAAUUACAGCUACAGCAAGAGUGGUUAUUGAACUGCUUUUAUCGGUCUCCGGAGUUGCUAAACCUUCCCAGGUGUAUUUUGGAGGUACAGUCAUUGGUGAGCAAGCUAUGAAAUCUGAAGAGGAAGUGGGAAGUUUAAUUGAGUAUGAGUUCAGGGUGAUUAACUUGGGCAAGCCUCUUAAAAACCUCGGCACAGCAACCUUGAAUAUCCAGUGGCCAAAAGAAGUUAGCAAUGGCAAAUGGUUGCUUUAUUUGGUGAAAGUAGAAUCCAAAGGAUUGGAAAAGAUAGCUUGUCAGCCACAAAAUGAAAUAAACUUCCUGAAACUAAAGGAGGCUCACAACUCAAGAAAGAAACGAGAAAUUGCUGAAAGACAGACAGACGAUGGUAGAAAACUUUCUUUAUUUGCCGAAAGAAAAUACCAGACCCUCAACUGCAGCGUGAACGUGAACUGUGUGAAUAUCAAGUGCCCGAUCCGAGGGCUGGAUAGCAAGGCCUCCGUGGUCCUGCGCUCGAGGCUCUGGAACAGCACGUUUCUGGAGGAGUACUCCAAGAUGAACUACCUGGACAUCCUCGUGCGGGCUUCCAUUGAUGUAACUGCUGCCACCGAGAAUAUUAAGCUGCCCAAUGCGGGCACUCAGGUUCGUGUGACUGUGUUUCCCUCAAAGACUGUAGCUCAAUAUUCAGGAGUACCUUGGUGGAUCAUCCUAGUGGCUAUUCUUGCUGGGAUUUUGAUGCUUGCUCUAUUAGUAUUUUUACUAUGGAAGUGUGGUUUCUUCAAGAGAAAUAAGAAAGAUCAUUAUGAUGCCACAUAUCACAAGGCUGAGAUCCAUGCUCAGCCGUCUGAUAAAGAGAGGCUUACUUCUGAUGCCUAGUAUUGAUCUACUUCUGUAAUUGUGUGGAUUCUUUAAACGCUCUAGGUACGACGAUAGUGUUCCCCGAUACCAUGCUGUAAGGAUCCGGAAAGAGGAGCGAGAGAUCCAAGAUGAAAAAUAUAAUGAUAACCUUGAAAAAAAACAGUGGAUCACAAGGUGGAAUGAAAAUGAAAGCUACUCCUAGGGGGGCC